CCGCAGUCCUAAUGUUGGUUUCUCUUAAGACUAGAUAAGACUACUGCCACCUGCUGGUUCUGCCGUGUGUUUAAGCGCAACUUUUUGGCCCAGCCACAGUCGGCUUACUUUGUUGCUAGUUCUUUAAUGUCGAUUUGAUGUGUUAUGACAUGUUCAUCAUACUGAACUACACAGGUCUUAACGCUUCUAGGGUACCUGACUUUAUACAUCCAUUAAAAAUCACCUUGACACCAGGUCUAUUAAAGUCACAGCAAACAAGCCCAAGAAAAGUUUAGUUCUGAGGUUUGCAUAUGCCACAGUUUGACAUUUUGAAUUUAAUGCAAUGACAUUCAGAUAUUUUUAAAUGUGACUUAAGUCUCCAGAUGCUUUUUUGGCACCUGCGGGGACACAAGUUUGAGUCCAGAGUGCAUCAUUUCCAAUCCCAUAUGUCUUUUUUCACUGUCCUAUCUAAUCAAGGCAUAAAAAGUCUAAAAAAGAUGAUGACAGAGGCAAUGAAGAUGUCUUAACGAGACAAUCUGAAAAACAGGCCAAAAUAUAUCAGCACACCCGCUGUAUUACUCUAUGAGAGUGAGUCAUCAGCACUUCCUGUUCCUGCCUGAGUUACACACAACCCUAACGCAAAUACUUACUCGUUGGCACUCGUACAUGUGCACUUCAAAUGGUUGAAGUGCGGCACAAGCACACACACCCCGGCGCUUCCUCCGCCAUCCUCGUUAAGUAAAACAGAGAGAGGCUAAUGCAUUUGGAUUUGGCACUGUGCAAAUUCAUCGCCGCUCCUCAGACAUGACCCACUUUAUCUGAAGUGGAGCCACAUCCGUUAUGCUGAGAAUCUAUCACCAUUAGAGCUCAGCUCUCCAGUCCCACUGCCUCGUGGUGUUAAAGAGACCCACAUACACAAAUGCACACGCUGUGUUCCGGCCCAGGGGGCGGCAAUCAUGUUCCUCUGCAGGGGAUGGAAAAGUGACAGAGAGAGGGACACAGAUGUGCGUCUCUCUGGAAGACCUUGUGUGUGUGUGUUUGCGCACUUUCUGCCAGCUAGUGCAUCAGGGGAUUGAGGUUUCCUUGAUAAAUGGAGGAUGUGCUCAAAUACUGUGUGCAAAACGUGGUUUGUUUAAAUGAAGAGCGUCUGUAUGAGCAGUGGAAAUGGUUUAUCCCAGUUCUGUGAGUAUGUUUAGGACUAUGCGACGGAUUAUGCUGUAUAUGAGAAGGCAGGAUAAACAGAUUUAGGAGAUGGAAAAACAUGAGUAGAAGAUCAGACGAGGAAAGAGAUUUAGGAUGAAGGAAACUGAGAAAAGAGAGGGAAAGUUAAAAAUGAAAAAUGACUAAGCUGUGAGCAGAGGAUAGCUACUUUGCCACAUAUUAAAAUGUCUCCUGACUGAGUAGUAAUUACAGAUAGAGAGAAAAAGAAGUGGGAAAGAGCAAAUGAAGGAGACACCCAGAGGGAACAAGUGUCGGAGGAGUACUUUUCUAAAAAAAAAAAAAAAAAAGGGGUGGCAGUGGAAAUAAAAAAGAUCAUUUAGAUAUAAAGCCAGGGGUUUGUAAGAAAAUGAAGAGGUAAGAGGGGAAACAGCAGGCGGGAGAUAUAUAUAGAAAAGAAAGAACAAAGAGAGAGAGGGCGGAGAGAGAGGGGAAUAGAUUAAUGAUAUAAUCCGAGUGGUAAUAUUGAGCAUUACAGGUAAUUCUGAAGGUAAGAGAGAUUAUCAAACUAAUAAUAAUUCUUUAUUAUAAAAGCUGCAUCGUCAGGGAAGCCAUUUUAUAGUGCUAUCGUUUGUGGGGCGCCAAUUUACCAAGUCAAUUUCUGUAACGUUAUGUGUCGAACGUCCUGUCACGAGUUCCAAAGCAUAACUGAUAAAAAGGAUUAUUAGGCCUACCUGAGAAAUUUCUUUGGCAAUAUUUUAGUAAUUCAAUGCGUGCGUCGUCUGAAUUUUACGUCAACUGUUCAGAAUCAGAAAUAGAACCCAACUUGCGAACAACUCGCCAGUUUGAGCCGGUUCUUUUCAGUGAAUCAAUCAAGCGAGUUGACAAUCGGUCUGAAUCGAAUCGUAGUUCAUUCUGAGUGAUUCGGACAGCUAUCUCGCGCGCUGACUCGUUUGGAGCAGCUUCUCAAAUUUUAUAACGCAAAGAACAAAAAGAGAACCUGAUGCAUGGAUAUUUACUUACAAUCGACUGAAACAAACCUUCAAAAGAAGACAGUCUUUGUUGACAUCGACCACACCUCGCGGGGGCAGGCCGUGCAGGCUGAGAACGUGACCGUGCUGGAGGGGGGGACGGCACAGAUCUCCUGUCGUCUCCAGAACUAUGAUGGCUCGAUCGUGGUCAUCCAGAACCCACGCAGACAAACGCUAUUCUUCAAUGGAACACGAGCACUUAAAGACGACCGUUUUCAGAUGGUUCUUUUCACGCCGCGCCUGGUGCGGAUCACGUUGACUAAUGUAAGUGUAUCUGACGAGGGUGGCUACUUCUGCCAGCUCUACACCGAUGACACACACCACCAGGUGGCGACGCUGUCGGUGGUGGUGCCCCCAGAGGUGCCUACGGUGGAGGUGAAGACAGAGGCAGUGGAGGGCGGAGAGGUGGAACUCACAUGUGUGUCCCCACGGAGUAAACCACCAGCCACCCUGCGCUGGGUCCGAGAUCGCAGAGAAAUCGCAGGUGUGAUCUCUCAGCAGGAGAACGGCAAGACUGUGAGUGUUUCCAACACUAUCCGUAUCCCUGUGGAGAGGAAAGAUAACGGAGCGGCGCUGAGCUGUGAGGCGUCUCACCCGGCACUCGUGGGGCAGAAACGAGUUCGUCACUACAGCCUGGACGUUCACUUCGCUCCUACGGUGAAAAUCAUUCCCCCUCAGGGCAUCCUGCGAGAGGGAGACUCCCUCAGUCUCACCUGCUCUGUUACCGGCAACCCACUACCACGUGACAUCCAGUGGUCGCGAGUGAACGACACUCUUCCUGAGAGGGCGGAGAAAACGGGCAACAUUCUUCAUAUGUCUCGCCUCAGCCAAUCACACAACGGCACCUACCUCUGUCAGGCGCAUAAUAAUUACGGCCGUGCAGCCGACCACUACACACUGUUGGUGUACGUGUCUGUCCCUUCCAAAUCUCAUCCUGCCAUCGCUCACCCCACCCUUCCAUCCUCCAGCUUUACAAAGGAAUACCAAGACCCUGGGGCAGUGGUGGAAACCCACAGUGCCGUUCCGUAUGCAGUGAUCGGGGGCAUCCUGGCUCUGCUGGUCUUCACUGUCAUCUGCGUGCUCAUCGUCACCAUCUGGUGCUCCGUCCGACAGAAAGGUUCAUAUUUGACUCACGAGGCCAGUGGGUUGGAUGAACACGGUGAGGUUCAGGAGGCGUUUCUCAACGGUAAUGAUGCCAGCCAGGGCAAGAAGGAGUACCUACUGUAGCGCCGCCCCAGUGGAGCUCUUCAGAAACACUGGACCGCUGCAGAGUGCACACCGCAACACACACUGUUCCCAAACAGACCAACACACCACCACUAUGACAACCAGAGGGAAUCACAAUCGUGCCAUAUGAAGAUGGAGUGGGAAGGAGAGGACGGAGACAAUAAUGGAGCAGGGUGGAGAGAGCUGAGAGGAGAGGAUAAUUAUUAUGAUUGAAAGAGACCAUCACACACACUCUUUCUGUUUUUACUUGCGAGUACGAUAGACAACUAGCCAUAAUUGUAGGACCAGGAGAGAAAAGUGUCCAUUCAAAACAGGCCGAUCCAUAACCGGGUGAAACGGCAUCGCUGUGGGAAGCCGCAAAGGGCUUAUGAGCUAUUGAAUGUCCCAACGUGAGCAAAUUGAAAUUCCCUGCAUUUGCCAAAGCGUUCGGCCUCAGAGACUGAGCUGGUAGACAAUAAAUCCACCAAUGACAGCGCUGAGAGCUCAGAGCCGUCCUCAUAAAGUAUUCAUCUGCGCUUUUCAUCCGGCGACUCCAUUAUCUGCUCACGUUGGCCAAAACCUGUUGACUUUUGAAGAAAAGUUCCUCUCGUUUUGAUCCUCUCUCGGUGACUCUCCGUUUCCCGCUCUCUGAUGCUCCUUCCUCUCCCUCCGCUAUCUCUCCGCUAUUGUUUGUUAAUAAUUAAGGGAUUAGACAUGUUCUCUUUUGUGAGAAGAAUGAAUUGGAGCGGACCGCUCACUCUGACGCUGUAAAAGGGGGCUUAAUUAUCGUCAUUGGAAACGUGAAACUGUGAGGAGCUCGACUUGGGUGAGAAAAAACAGGAAGGAGUUUGUAGAGAACAUGUCAGAAAUUUCAAUAUUUUCGUUUUUUUUCCGAUUGCUCAACACGAAAACGCUUACACAAUGAAACAUAUCUCUAAAGUCAUUAUUUGUAUGAAAAAGUCUACAAAGUAAGUUAAAUGACUCUUUUAAGAAAAAAAAAAAAACACAUUUACUUUUGCGCGCAUUACCCAACGAUGCUAUCGUACUAACACAGAAUAUUAGCUUAGAGGUGCAAAACUGAACAAACUACUGUUACGUCAUCUUUAAAAGAAAAUUCAAAAUUCAAAAAAAUAUAUAUUUCGUUUGUCUUUAAAAGAUAUCAGAGGUCUUAAUUGUUUUUAUUAAUUAUUAUUUGGACUAUUAUGAUCGUUGUUAUUGUUAUUAUUAUUAUUCUUACUGUUAUUAUAAUUGUAAAUGUUAUAAAUUGUAUACUUCCCAUGCUUUAGUUUUACCAGUAGAAACAGCCGUGUACCCACUUUUCUCUCUCCUCUUUCAUUCUCUUCUGUCCUUCUUGAUCCUCUUUGUGUCCGUCUCCUCUUCGUCUUUCACUUCCUGUUUAUUUUGUAGUCUUUGCGUCGCUGUUGAUAUAGCUAACUGUACAUCUUUAUAGGGGAAAGAUACCAAGCACGACAAAAUAAAAAAUACUUAAAAGAA